ACAAACCUAAAAACAUGGAGAAAAAUAUUGCCAUUAUAGGAGCAGGCAUAAGUGGCCUUCUUGCUUGCAAAUACAUCCUCGAAAAAGGGUUUAACCCUGUGGUGUUCGAAGCCGAAGAUGCCUUGGGGGGAGUUUGGUACAACAACACAAUCGAGUCCACCAGAAUCCAAAACCAAAAACACGAGUUUCAAUUUUCAGAUUUCCCUUGGCCUCCUUCGGUUAAGGACUUGCAUCCGGACCACUCACAAGUGUUGGCUUACGUCGAAUCCUACGCCAAACACUUUGAUUUGUUUCGGUACAUAAGAUUCGGAUCCAAGGUUAACAGCUUGGAAUACGUUGGAGUGUCUGAAGAGGAGAUGAGGCUGUGGGAUCUAUGGGGAGGAACCGGCAAGGCCUUCAAUCCUAGAGGCAAAUGGCAGCUAGUCGUUGAAGAUACUAAGAAAGGCUCCUUAGAGGAAUACAAGUUCGAUUUCGUGAUACUUUGCAUUGGACGACAUAGCGGGUUGCCAAACAUCCCUGAGUUUCCACCCGAACACGACACGAAUGCAUUCAAGGGUAAAGUUGUCCAUUCGAUGGAGUAUUCGGCCAUGGAUUCCCUGGCGGCAACGAAACUAAUCAAAGGAAAAAAGGUUGCUGUCAUUGGUUCCAAAAAAUGUGCUGUUGACGUGACAACACAAUGUUCUAAUGUCAAUGGGGUUGACAAUGCUUGUACAAUGAUCCAAAGGACAGUUUAUUGGAUGGUGCCCAUCAGCCAUUACCAAAAUACUCGGGCUACCGGUUUCCUCUUAAUGAGCCGAUUCUCCGAGCUCAUGGUUCAUAAACCGGGCGAGCACUGCCUUCACAGCCUUUUAGCCACUCUUUUCUCUCCACUGAGAUGGUGUACAUCAAAGAUAAUAGAGAAAUAUCUAAAACAUAAACUUCCAUUGAAGAAAUAUGGUAUGAUACCAAAACACGGCUUCCUUCAGCAAUACUCUUCGUGCCAAACUCCCGUGAUUCCUGAUAACUUUUACGACAAAGUAAUAGAAGGAAGCAUCCUUCUCAAGAAAUCACAGAACUUAAGCUUUUGCUACGAAGGAGUGAUCAUCGACGGUCAAGAUCAGCCUGUGAAAGCAGACGUUGUGAUCCUCGCCACUGGUUUCAGGGGAGACGACAAGCUCAAGAACAUCUUCGGGUCCACUUCUUUCCAAAAAUGUAUCAAGGGUUUGCCUAACACAGCUAGGGUUCCACUCUAUAGAGAGAUAAUCCAACCAAGAGUUCCACAGCUAGCGGUGAUAGGGUAUACUCAGGGAAGGACGGCUCUGCAUUCAUCGGAAAUAGGGUGUCAAUGGAUAUCUCAAUUUCUUGGAGGAAGCUUUGAUUUUCCAAGUAUUAUGGAGAUGGAGAAGGAAGUGAUGCAGUGGGAAGAACAUGCCCGGAGAUACGCCGGAAAAUCUUGUUGGAGGUCGUUUAUUGCCUUACCCAUUUGGUAUAAUGAUCAAAUGUGCAAGGAUAUGGGAUGUGAUCAUCGACGGAAGAAGGGAGUUCUCAAGGAGCUUUUUGGAUCAUAUGGGCCGUCUGAUUAUGCAGGACUAGUCAACGUGAGGGAUUGAGAGGGGGAGAGAAGAUAAAGAUCAAUAAGA